AUGAAUGCGAUCGAGCAGUCCCCCGAGCAGUCUUCCGCGCCGAAUGCGCUGGCGCAUUUGACCAGGAUUCCGAUAGCUCAGCUUUCUCCUGGCCUUGAACAAUUGGCCGAGAAGUGCUUUCUUGCCGCUAUAGCGCUUGUGUGGCCAUAUUCCUCUUCGACCAAGUCUGUGAGCCUUCUGUUAGUGGAGCCGGAUUUCCGCCUGAGGGGUGCCAAAGGACAGAUCAAAGCCACGUUCCAUGGACGUGUCGCAGAAAAGGUCGCGGAAUCGCAUGUCGGGAUUGGGGAUACCGUUUGUCUGGCCUUGAAACACACCAAGUUCGUCAGCAAUGAAGGCGUCCAGCAAACCCCGGAAAGGUCUGUCGCGUGGGAUGCGCACUUCGAGAAUGGCGCGUCUCUCGAGAUCUUCCGAUCUUCCCAACCUCCGUUGAUAAUAUCGGUUGAGCCGCAAGUGACGGCGCCGCAUGAAACCGAACUCGCACCGCCGACAACUCCAAGUGGGAACUCAAUCAAUUCCGAACUCGACCUGCCUUAUAGUGCAGGCGCCUGGGGAUCGCCGGCAUUCCUCAAGAGCACUCGAACCUCAUCCGGAGGAACAAUCCGUUCUGCUUUCGAUCCUUUUGCGGAAGAAGAUGGAUUUGUUCCAGGGAAAGGAAGAAAAAAACCGAGGUACAGCUUACACAGGGAAGAUUGGCGCGUUAUCAACGAACCGGAAAGCCCUAAUGAGCAAGAAGCCCCUGUGGAUUGGCAACAGGCUUUGGAUCAAUCUAUUGAUCAAGAGCUUGACGAGGCAGAUUCGGCGAGUGAGCCUUCAGACGAGCCAAUAACGGAUGCUGCCCAAGCUCCGGCAUACACAGAGGAUGCACCACAGGAACCACCUGCGGUGUUUGCGAAGCCUUCCCUUGAAUUGACUGGGAGUAUCCUUGAAAGAAAUGCCGGCGAGUCAGAUGUUAUGUCUGAACAAGUUGAUAAAUUUGGAACACCUUUUCAUCUGCCAACGGACACACCGCAGAUCCGACCCAUCCCUUCUCCGGGGCUCCCGAUCCCUUCGCCCAUUGUGCCUAAUAACCCUGGCUCAGCGGGCUAUUUCCUGCCAUGGACCGCGCCCACGCAGUCCCAAGAGUUUCGAUCUGCUCCUGCGGAAGGGGACCCCAUAGUGACGCCCGCAUCACCCUCCAUCGAGACACAUGAUACCGACGCCCGCGAUUCCAUUCAUACAGAGACAGUGCAACCAGUUGAUCCGGAUGUUGAAGCCAUCCACCAGGAACAUGUCUUGGAUGCCGGUUUUGUCUUCAGCUACAAUUCCGCAUCAGAUCCACGCUCAGAAGUUUUGCCAGAAGAUCGGGAACUGGAGAUAAUCGACCCCUCCAACGCUAUUGAGGAAUCAGUUGUCGCUGAACUUGACGUGAUCAUCGAUACUGCCAGCGACGAAGCUCAAAUGUCAAAUGAAGCAGAGCAGAAGCAUGCUUUUGAUGAUCUUAACAUUUCCCGCGACCAUCCAGCAUCAAUUCCGGGCUCAGAAGGUGAACCGGAUGACUCUCCUGGUGUUCACGACGAUUUGGCACCAUCUUCACGCUUGGAGGAGCGCUCGGUAAAUGAAUCCUCAGAAAGGGUUGAUAGAUCAGGUAUUGCUCAAGCCGAUCUUAGCAUCGAAACUGCCAGCUACAAUGUGGGAUCUCCUCAAUAUCCGGGUGAACCUCAUGGCGAGGGACAUUCUGGGCCAGAGAUUCAGUCGGCCAAUUAUCCACAACCUGCCUCUACCUUCGAUCAGGAUGCGAUCGAUGCCCUCGAAAAAAUGAUAGCCGCUCGAGAGGAGGAAAAGGAAAGGAGGGAAGACAUUGAAGAGGAAAAUGAAAGCGAAGAUGAUAUCGAGCGUUCACUCAGUCAAGGAUACAGUGAAGGAAAGGAUGAAAUGAUCAAGGAUGAAGAAGUGUACUACGCGGAGUCAGUGGAAAAUUACGAUUCCCAAUAUGAAUAUGAAGAGGACGAGGAGGAUUUCCAUUCUGAUCCUGGUUUGGAAUCACGAUUGGAUCAAGAUGACUUCAGUGUCGUUGAAUCCGGUGGUGAAACCCCCGAGCAGGACCAGAACCUGCCUUCCCAGAUGGGAAAUCACGAAGUAAUCGUGCUGGACAGUGACAGUGAUGAUGAGCCUGCCUCCAAUGAUCCGGUAGCCUCAGCUUCUCAGUCAGCAGUACGAGACGAUCGCUCAGACCGCUUUGAAUCUGCACAUCUAGCUAUCCCUCCAGCUACAGCCGAUCUUGCGACGGGUGUACAGGAAUAUCCAGAGCCGUGGUGCGUCGAUCGAGAGGAUGGCUGUCACCAAGCCGUGGAAGAGGAUUCCGAUAUCGAUGAGCGCCAGGAGAGCGAAGAAAGUGAAGAAAGCGAAGAGAGCGAAGAUGAAUAUGAGCGCGAAUAUAAUCAACAGGAUGAUCGAGUUCAUGAGAGUGACAUGGAUGAUGAUGAAUCGUCCCGAGACUACGAUGCAACGGACCAUCCGUCUGAAGUGGCAUCAGCAGACCCUGAGCAGGACGAAGAUAAAGAAGUGGAAGAUGUGGAGCUCAUCGAAGAAGCUGACAACGACGAACGUCAUGCUGCAGCCAAACUUGACACACAGAUAGAAGCGCCAAUUGGUGGGGACUCUGACGAGGAGCAAUCAGGCAAUGCUGAUCCAAACUUGCUUGAUAUGCCUGAAUCUCAUCAUCAAGGCCCAUCCUUGGAAGUCGAAAGUCAUGCUGAGCAGUAUUUCACUGGAGACGGACAAUUUGAUCUGCAUAUUCCUUCGUCUGCUGGAAAUAUUAUGGCCGAUUUCUUUUUGAGCCAUGAGCCGACUGUCGAAGGGCCUGACCCCCUUGGCGGUCGAAUCUCGCCGUCCAUUGAGCCUCCACUGGAGCGACGGCUCUUAAACCUCGACCCCACCCAAGAAAAUGCAUCCACGCGUGAACUAGUUCAUGAUUUUGAACCUGAAACUUCGUUCACGGUCAAAGCAAAUGAAGCUUCUACUGGCCUGGAUAAAACUUUGCAGACUGCUGGCUCCCCGGAGUCAGACCAAGACGAAGGUAUCGGGGCAGAACCCAAAAAAAAUGUCCAACAAGAGAUCCACGUUGACGGAAAUAAUGAUGCCAUGGCUCCUUCGGAACUCGCUGAAGCCGCGGAACGCCCAACAACGCCCGAACCCGGCCGCUCUCUGGAGGUCGUGAUCAACACUGAAUCUCCAAAUGCACCAGCAGCUCCCGUUCCACAGCCACCAGUCCCCGACCGUAAUGCCUCCGGACUGCGUAGCAAGCUUUCUUACUUCGCCCCGCUUGCUACACUCAUUGAUCAUUACAAUGCGUUAGUCGAUACCAUCUCAAUCGUGCAGGAGGCUUCGCCGAUAACCCGAGCCAAAUCCGGCUCGAAAGAUUGGUUCAUGACUAUUCAACUUACCGAUCCCUCCAUGGCUGGCACAACUCUUCGUGCUCAGAUUUUCCGGCGCUACAAGGCCUCGAUGCCGUCAUUGGCGGAAGGUAACGCCAUCCUCUUACGCGACUUCAAAGUCCGGAGCCUCGAUCACACCGUGAUGCUUGUUAGUGUCGAUUCCAGUGCAUGGGCAGUAUUCGACGGUUCGGGUCCCGAUGCCGAGACGAGCGGACCCCCAGUCGAAUAUGACUCGCAGGAACGUGCCUAUGCAUCUGGCUUACGUCGAUGGUACGAUGAAGUCGGCUCGGAUAGGGUCGCAGACUACAUGCUCCAGGCAGCUAUCGAGAGAGACAGCCAGGAGCGCGAUAUGACGCCAAGCAGUCAAGUGCCAAGCGAGUCAGGCAGCCCAGAUUCUAGGCGAGGUUCCAAGCGCAAGCGCAAGAGCAAUCGCAGAGUCACUAUCCAUGAGCUACGGGAUGGCACUCGUUAUACCGAGGUCGGGUCCCCAAACAGUCGAAACAGCAGUGUUCACGAGUUACGGGAUGGCACGUUGUAUGCCAAUAUUUGA